AUGGCUCUUUCGGCGCGCCUCCCGUCGACCCCCCUCGCCUCUCGAGCCACGUCCCGCCACCAUAGCGCGGCCGAACUUCUGUCGGCCGCCGCUGCGCUCCGCGCGGCGCACCCGUUCCUCGCCUCCGCCGCUUCGCCGUGCGCCCUCACCCUCACCGCGUCACCCACGCCGUCAGCCACGACGGACUCCGACGUUGCGCCGUUCUGCCCGCUCUUCUCGUCGCGACGCACCGCCACAUUCGUGCAGCGGGCAGGCUCACGAGGCGGGAUGCACGUGGCGCGCGCCAUGGCAGAGGCGGACGCCACAGCUGCCGCCGGGAACGGCGGAGCUGCCGGGGCGGCACCCGUGGCGAGCGACGGUGACACGGGAGCAGGGCAGCGAGUGGCGCGGGUGGCGAGGAGGACCAAGGAGACGGACGUGGAGGUGACGAUCGCCAUCGACGGCGAGGGGCGGUGCUGCUCCGCCACGGGCAUCCCCUUCCUCGACCACAUGAUGGACCAGCUGGCGUCACACGGGUUGCUGGACGUGAGUGUGAGGGCGGAGGGCGAUGUGCACAUCGACGACCACCACACCAACGAGGACAUCGGGCUCGCCCUCGGCUCCGCGUUGGCAGCAGCGCUGGGGGACAGGAAGGGCGUACGGCGCUUUGGGGACUUCUGUGCGCCGCUGGACGAGGCGCUCAUCCACGUGGUGCUGGACCUGUCGGGGCGGCCACACCUGUCGUUUGACGUCACCAUGCCCACAGAGAGAGUCGGCACCUACGACACCCAGCUGGUGGAGCAUUUCUUCCAGUCGCUCGUCAACACCAGCGGCAUGACUCUGCACAUCCGCCAGCUAGCGGGCAGCAACACGCACCACAUCAUAGAGGCCACCUUCAAGGCCUUUGCCAGAGCGCUGCGACAGGCCACGGAGAUUGACCCCCGCCGUGCUCACACCGUGCCCAGUUCCAAGGGAGUGCUCUCUCGCACCUGCCGCGCCUCCUUCAACGGCUUCGGCCGGCGAUCGUCGCGCGCGCGGGAUGACCGCAGUCACGCGCAAGCGCGCGCAGAGGGGGGCAUGUGGCAGGGGGAGGAGGGGGAGGAGGGGGAGGAGAGGGGCAGGCGGGAUGCGGGUAGAUCAGCGUCGGGGGGAGCGGGUCCCGCGUGGAUGGGGAUGGGCGCGGGAGAAGGGGGCGCGCGGGCGUGCGUGGGAGACGCGCAACGGCUGCUGAUUGGCGGCGCCGUGCUGGCGGCGGUGACGUGGCUCAAGUUCGCGACGGAGGGCCAUCUGGGGUGGCUGGGCGACGGCGCGCUCGAGGGCGUCGCGCAGCUCUGGUUCGUGUUCUACCUGUUGGACGUGGCGCUCACCACGGCCACGUGGAUCGUCGGCAAGCUCACCUCCUCGCUCGCCGUCGCCAAUUGCCCGUGGUGCGACCACCAGUUCACCUUCGACAGUGUGCCCCUCCUGCCUGCGCUCCAUGAAGUGUCAGUUCCCCUAUCCCACUCUCUCCACUUCCCUGCUUCUCAUGCGAUUUCGUCCGCUCACUGA